CCCAGUCGUUACCGUUUCGAGUUCAUUUGCACCUUGCUGCAAGGCUUGUAAGUCGCAGCAUGAUGCAGGAGAGCAUUUUGGAAUUUGGCAGGCUUUAAAAAUGGCUUCGUGAUGGUGGCCUAGCUCUCCCUGUCAUGGAACGGGAUCGGAAGGUUACAUUGACAGGCAUUGAAGGCUUUGAGUAAUUGUGGAGGCACUGCGCGUGCGCAUGUUUCGGUGUUCCAUCAUGGCGCUCUCAAAGGUGCUGCUCAGGGGAGCGCCAGCUGCUUCCGUGCCCCUGGUCCUUUCCCAGCACUUGAGCGAGUGCAGGAUUCUGACGAAAGCACAUUCCUGCUUGCUUUUUCGUAGCUGCAAUGCGGAGCUCACUUUGGGUGACCGCCAAUUGUGCAACUUUACUUUUCUAGGCCCAUACCUCCGCACACAACACUCAGCCAAUGACCAUUGUUCCGCGCACUUUGCGGAACCCAGAAGAGGAAUUUCUUGUAGGAGCGGAGUGGCCCAGGCUGGGGCGCCCGCAGGCGAGAGCCGUGCCGAAAGUGCAGCACGGCGGGAUAGCAGGAAACAUCCGCUAGACAAGGACGACAUCAGCACCCACCCUGGCAGCUCUGCUACGUCAGCUCCCGACGUCACCGUCAUCGCCAAGGGUGACCACCUCUUCUUCUCCGAGUCUGCGACUUCCUGGGAGUCUCUGGGGAUAAACCCCACUGUGGGUGAGGCGCUGCAGGGCGCUGGGUUUGAGCGUCCAUCGCGGGUGCAGGAGGCGGCAAUCCCCAAGAUCCUUGAGGGCAGGGACGUCGUGGUGGCUGCGGAGACCGGCAGUGGCAAGACCCACACAUACCUGGCUCCGCUCAUCCAAGUCUUGCUCGACGGGAGGCAGUCCGGCCCAGCGCCUUCCCCUGCGACCUUGACCCCCGCCACCGUCGCCUCCGCACUAGCAGAGGGCCAGGAGGUGCGGCUCCCGUUGUGGGCGCAGGAGGAGAGCCACCGCGCGUCCGCAUUUGUCCUCGUGCUGUGUCCGAACGCCACCCUGUGCCAGCAAGUGGCUGACAUGGCGCAUGCGCUUAAGGACCCCGAAGGCGGCUCGCUGCUCAAGAUUGCGGUGGUUGCGGGGGGACAGCAGCCGCCCGCGUUCACACCCGACAUUGUGGUGGCCACGCCUGGGGGCCUGCUGAACAUGCUGUACGCCUUUGAUAGGAAGAGGCGCCGGAGGACGGCUUUUGCAAGGGACGUGCGCUAUGUGGUGGUGGACGAGGCGGACAUGCUCCUGUCAGGCGGCUUUGCUCGCGACGUGGCGCAGCUGCUGCUCAUCUUCCGGCAGGCUGAGAAGGACCUCUCGAGACGAUUAGAGACCGAACCGACAGCGGAAGCAGAGUCGCAUUCACCGACUGGGGAAGAUUCUGAAGGUGCCAGUGAAACGAGGAACGAGCGCAGCUGGGUGGAGGAGCGAGGGGAGGAGGGGGCAGCGGAGAGCAGCGCAGGAGGGGCGGAGUGGGAGGAGGACGAGCGGGAGGACCGGCGGCGGGCGCAGGAGGGGGGGAUCUGGGACGACGACGUGCUGGCCGCUGAAGGAGGCCCGAGUGUCGCCUCAAGAGGCGGGCCUGCGGGCGCCAGCUCGGCCCGGCGGCGGGAGCGGCGGCGCAAGGUGUGGGUGCGCAGCAAGCAGUUCAUUUUUGUGGCGGCAACUCUUCCUGACUCGGGCAAGAUGUCGGUGGGGGCCAUGCUGCGCAAGCAGUUCCCGGAGGCGGCCUAUGUGCGGGGGGGCCUGCUGCACCAGCACAACCCGCGGCUGCAGCUGGCGUGGGCGGAGAUUGGACGGGAGAACCGCGUGGCGGCGCUCAUGGAGGCGGUGGCGGGGCCGGACUGGCAGGAGGGCCGGCUCCGGCCGCUGGAGGAGCGCACGCUCGUGUUUGCCAACAGCACCGACGCCGCCAAGGCCGUGAGCAAGCUGCUGACGUCACAGGGCCUGAGCCCGCUCAAGUACCACAGCGGACAGACCCCGACCGACAAGGCCGCGGCCAUCCGAAGAUUCUCGGAGCAAGGGGGCGUGCUGGUGUGUACGGAUGCGGCGGCGCGGGGGCUGGACGUGCCGGACGUGGGCCACGUCAUCCAGGCGGAGUUUGCGACGAGCGCCAUCGACUUUUUGCACCGGAUUGGUCGCAGUGCGCGAGCAGGCCGCGCGGGGCGGGUGACGAGCUUCUUCACGGAGGACCGCCGGGACCUGGUGGAGGCCGUCAGGGAGGCCGUCGAGGCGCAGGAGCCAGUGGAGGGGGCGUUCAGCCGCAAGAGGAGUUUCCGAAAGAAGUUCAAAAAGUACGGGGUCGGCCGUCAAGGUAUUCCAAACCAGUCAGUGGGGAGAAGGACUGUAGGCGAAGACGAGAUGCAAAGGGCGCAACAACGUUUCUGAUCUGGUUAUUGAUUACCAGUUCACUUGGAAACCAAGUGUUGUCUUAUUAGAUGUAGUGACUGGAUGUUAGGUAAAAGAAGGGGAACGAAGGAGUAAUCUGCUGUUGGUAUUUGGAAGGGUCGUCCUUUCAGAUGUUGAUUGUUGGUGCCUUCUUCAAGUGACGCACAGUGUUCCCGUCUACCUGGGAAGUAGCAAACCCCUGUGCAAUGGCUAUUGAGAGUCACGUAUGUCAAUCGAGUGGGUAUUGGGUUCAUCAAAGCUUGCCAUUCAAUUGACUGUUUGAUGUAUGGCAUAUUAUG